AUGAUUGGGAUUGGCAAAGGAAAGCUUGGAAAACAAUCCAUAGUGGCCCAGUUUGCUGUCACCACGUCCGCCGUAGAGGACAAGGCCUUGGAUGAGAAUAAACCCUAUGCUGAGUUUUGGAUGGGAGCGCAUCCUUCUCUUCCUUCUUAUGACCAUUCCACCGGCCAGUCUUUACAAGAUGUCCUUAGGGAUAACCCACAUCUUCUCUCAACCCAUGUGAGCCAGAAAUUCCGUACGACACUACCGUUUCUAUUCAAAGUCCUUUCCAUCAGAGAGCCGCUUUGUAUACAAGCUCACCCGGACCGAGAUCUUGCUCAUGACUUACACGCAAGGGAUCCGCUUACAUAUCCUGAAAUAUAUAUAACUUCAAUUGUAGAUUCGAACCAUAAGCCCGAAAUGAUUGUCGCGUUAACCCCAUUCGAAGCGUUGUGUGGAUUUCGGCCCCUGAAAGAAAUUGAUCGUUUUCUUUCUAGUGUACCACCACUACGAAAUCUCAUCAGCGAUGGCACUGCUAUGGAAGUACGAUCUACCUGCGGAAGCGCAGGAGAUAGAUGUGAUCAAAAAAGCGCUGAAAUAGCGCUCAAGAGGGCCUGGUCAGAACUACUGACCGCGCAUCCAUCACGAGUCCGUUCGUGCGCAGAAGACUUGAUCCGCUUCGCGACUAGCAGACCAAGCAACGAAUCUUUUGCGGUUGAGCAUGGAAAUCUCACUGAUCUUAUCCUUCAGUUGAGUGAGCAUUAUCCCUAUGAUGUUGGGCUUUUCGCCGUUCUAUUCAUGAACCACGUCUGCCUAAGCCCCGGGGAAGCUUUAUUUGUGAGAUCUAAUGAGCUUCACGCUUACCUAAGUGGCGAUGGUAUCGAAUGCAUGGCCUCAUCGGCGAAUGUGGUACGGGCAGGAUUCUCACGGAAAACCAAGGACGUUGAUACGCUCAUAUCGAUGCUCAAAUAUGAAUACCUGCCACCCUUCAUUGUAAGAACACCGACUCCCUAUUUGCGGGUGGCAAUGAGUUCUCAGCAAUCCACAUCGGUAUUAUACGAAUCACCCGCCGAAGAGUUUAAUAUCAUCAAAACUUCCCUAGCACCUAGGUCUGCAAGGGCGAACUUCCAAGCGUUUCGUGGCCCUACAGUGCUGAUAUGCACCCAGGGAAGCGGGAAGAUCGGCGUAGCAGACCAUGCUGAACUGAUUGAGUGUGGUUACGUCUUUUUCGUAGGCGCCGGGGCGGAGAUCUUCAUCCAGAGUAGCAGUGAGGAACCAUUGAUCCUGUUUCAAUCUUUCUGUGAAAUUGAGGAGUGCAACCCCCAAUUAUAA